AUGAAAAUUGGCGAUGGUGUCGUCGACCCCUGUGCCCAAUACUACAGUGAACGCAUUUCCUCGCACACACGCAAGCGUGCGAUUUAUUCGCGCGGCGGCGGCGCGAGCGAGCGAGAUGACAAGCGGCGCCGGGCGGCGGUGCUAGCGCAGUGGGACGAGGCGGCCGCGGCCGUUCACCCCGGAAGAUUCAGUGUUUUGAUACCGCACGAGCCUCCGCCGACGUUGGAAAACUGCAUUUUCUUUGAUGCGCCUCGCUUUUCACGCUCUAAU